AUGGCAUCAGCCGAUUGUGUCCGGGAUAACUGCCUCGAACGCAUUGACUGCGGCCCGGGAUGCGUUGCCGAUUGCUCGAGAUGGCUCGCUGUCACCGUCAGGCCAUCGCCCGUCACUUUGACAUCAACCACUUCGUCACUUGGAACCUGCGAAACAAUAAUCACGCAAGCCCCAGAAAUAGUAGUCUCCAACGCUGAAACCAAAAAGAAGAGGAAGAAGAGGACGUGCAAAAAAACCACGCCUUUUCCUUUCUAUGCUGCUCUAUGUGAUGACAGCUCCCGCUAUGCUUCAGCCUGCGAAUGUAUUGGUGUGACGGCCACAACAGAAACGGCUGCAGCCCAUGUAGUGACAGAAUAUGUCACUUUCGUGUACACCACACAAGACGACACUGUCACGGAAAUCGAAACUACAGCGUCCGCAAUUCCUGGGCCGGUUCUUACUUCUUCUGCGGUUGAGCCAUCAAUGACUACAAGCUCCCGGGAAAAUGACAAUCAGAGUACCAAUUCCAACGACUUUUCCGGCAUAUUGUCAUCAUUGCCAUCAAGCACAACAAUGACAACUAGUGCCGGUUCUGCUGAUACUGGGCCGAUUCUCACUUCUUCUGCGGUUGUACCAGCAACUACUACAAGCUCCCAGACUACAGACUCGGAAACUACAAGCUUCCCGGAAAAUAACACCACAACGAUAGCCAGUUCCGCUGAUUCUGGGCCGGUUCUUACUUCUACGUUGGAGCCAUCAAUGACUACAAGCUCCCAGGAGGAUAAUAGUGAAAGUACCAUUUCCAGCGACUUUUCAGGUAUAUUAUCACCAACGUUUGCAGACACCACAACGGUAGCUAGUGCGAGCUCCGCUGACUUUGGGCCAAUUCUCACUUCUACGGUGGGAACGUCUACGACUACCAGCUCCCAGGAAGACAAUAGUGAGAGUACCAUUUCCAGCGACUUUUCAGGCACACUAUCAUCAAUUUUAUCAGAUACCACAACGAUAGUUAGCGCCAGCUCCAGUGACUCUGGGCCGAUUCUCACUUCUGAAGUGGUGCCAUCAACAACUUUAAGCUCCCAGGAAAGUAAUAGUCAGAGCACCGUUUCCGAAGACUUUUCAGCCUCAUCAUCAUUGUCACCAGACACCGCAAUAACAUUCAGUGCCAGUAUCACAGAUGCUUUCACUUCUACGGUGGUACCAUCAGCGACUACAAGCUCACAGGAAAAUAACAGUCAGAGUACCGGUUCCAACGACCUUUCAGCCAUAUUAUCAUCAUCAUCAUUGCUGUUGCCAUCAAGUACUCCUAUAACAGUUAGCGCCAGUGCCACAGAUGCUGGAACGAUUCUCACUUCUUCUACAAUUGUGUCAUUAACAGCUACAAGCUCCCAGGAAAAUGAUGAUCAGAGCACCAUUUCCAACAGCUCCUCAGACAUAUUACCAUCAUCGGAAAUUCCAACCACCGCUAGCGCUGGUUCCACGGAUUCUGGGUUGAUUCUCACUUCUUCUACGGCUGAGCCCUCAACGACUGCAAGUUCUCAGGAAAAUGAUAAUCAGAGUGCUACUUCAGACAACUCCUCGAGCAUGUUACCAUCAUCAGAUACUACGACGACCGCUAGCACCGGUUCUACGGAUUCUGGACUGAUUAUCACUUCUCCUACGGUUGUACCAUCAACGACCACAAGCUCCCAGGAAAUUGAUACUCAGAGUACAAUAUCUAUCACCUCUGUAGGCAUAUCAUCGUCAUUAACAUUAACGUUAACAUCAGAUAUCCCAACAACAGUUAGUGCCAGUGUUUCGUCAACAAUAGAGGUUGCUCCUGUUCUCUUGACGGUGGUCCCGAAUGUUCCUUCAUCCAAUCAGAAGAAAAGACAAACUGACGACUCGGACGGUGGAUUCAUCGGCGCCCCCAGCACGACAGACGAUUGCAGCGUCGGCACACCCUUCAACAUUACCGACGGACAGUUGUCCAGCGACGGGCAGGUUAUCGGCACGAAUCCCACCUUGCCCUACAUUGAACUUUUGCCCUCUUCCUUGGGGUCCAUCACGACAACCUUUUUUGUGCUUGACUCUCUUCUACACUGGAGGAACGAGUCAUUCUUCCAGGAAGAGGCAGGCUUUUGCCAGACUGCAGACGGCCGCGUUUAUGCCACAUUCUCUUCUUCUGAGAAUUGGCCUACAGAUUGCUCGCCUGUAGAAAUCCUUGUCUACAAAGCUCGCCAAUGUCAAAAUGGCGUAAUUGUCCCCGAUGACGGCACAGAACCAACGAGUUCAUCUGCCUUGACUUCUGCAACCGGAACUCAGUCCGAGUCCUCAACAGAUACCACAACAACCAACGUUGUUGCCACCACAGACAGCACAAGUAGUUCUCAAAGUCUGACAGCAUCAAAUCAGUCUACAGAUAUCGGGGCCACCUUUGAGAGCACCCAAUCUACAGCCUCAACAACGAGCACGGAACCUAGCUCUUCGAUCACUUCUUCAAGCCUGCUAACAUCGACAUCUUCUGUACCGUUCACGAUGAGCCUCGGUCCUCCGGACUUGGCCAGUAGUACCCCUACAAGUACAGCUGUCGUCACGACGGGAGAUUCCUCAACAGUCCUCGAAAGUGCUUCUUCAACUGAUUCGUUUUUACCUUCUUCGACAACCUCCAACAGCGAUGUAACUACAUCCUCUGAUACGAAUGCGCCGCUCACUUCUACCUCUAGCACAGCCAUCGUAUCCAGUAGUGAUUCGAGCGUGAGCACUCCAAGUGAGACUUUUUUCAGUAGUUCAACGACAGACACGAGCGCCUCGGCACCGACAAUCACAACGUCGACACCAGGCAAUACCCAGACUUUUGACCCUGGUUUCGGCUCAACUACAAGUUCCACAACCGAGGCGACAGAUAAUACGAGUUUGGAAGCCGUCACCAGUAGCAACAGUGGAACAUCAUCUGAAUCUUUGUCAUCUACUACGGCUUCAGAAUUUACUUCAGAAUCUCCCUUAACGUCGAGUGAUGCAAUUGUCAGCAGCAGUUCUCUCCCGACUGACACGACUGCCUCGAACACCGAUAGUAGCUCAACUACGGAGUCACUGACCUCAACUAGCAGCUCAACUGAAAAUACACCAUCUGAUUCAAGCUCGACCAUCUCGUCUUCUCCGACUAGCACUGAAACAGAUGUAACAUCAGUAGUUGGUUCUAGCACUUCGUCUGAAGAAGUUUCGACAGACACAGCUAUCAGCAGUUCAUCUACCGACGUGCCAACAAGCAUUUCUCAAAGCGAUCUUCCUGUAGAUUUAUCCACCAGUUCAUCUUCUACUGAUAUAUCAACAAGCUCCCAAGGCAGCAAUCCUGCCACGGAGUCAGCUACUACCACAGUGGAUGCCACUGAGACGGCAUCGAUAUCGAGCAGCAGCUCCUUCUCAGCCGAAGUGUCCUCUUCCGAGACUUUGCCACCAAGCACAUCUUCAACAGAGCCAACCGUUUCUGCAUCAAGUGAUAUCGAUACAACAUCCCCCACAACUGACUCAACGGCUCUGAGUUCGCCUACUACGACUGAAUCUAGUACCUCCGAGACGCAAUCAUUCUCAAGUGAUUUGUCGUCCUCGGAAACGCUUCAAACUACGUCGAAUGCAUCCCAGGACAGCUCGCUAGCACCAGAGCUGACGUCUACAAGUUCUUCGUCGGACGAGGCAACAACCGCAACGCCGACAGACUCGUCAAGUUCGGAAAUAAGCACAGACAAUAUCUCGCCAACACCUGGAACAAGUUCUACGGAGGAGUCAUCGUCCUUGAUUAGCCCUACGACAAGCUCUACCAUUUCGACCGAGUCACCUGUUUUGUCUUCUGAUAUUUCAUCCACUGCCACCUUGCCGUCUAGCACAGAAGCAGCGCCAGAAACAACAACGGACCAAAGUACAAUAAGCACUACCUCAGUGGACACCUCAUCGAUGACAGCAACAGACACGACUGCUCCUACGGAUACGACUGCUCCUACGGAUACAACUGCAUCUACAGAUACAACUGCUCCUACAGAUACAGCUGCUCCUACAGAUACAGCAUCAUCGACAGACACAACGGCAUCUACAGAUACAACGGCGUCUACAGAUACAACUACACCUACGGAUACCACCGCUCCUACGGAUACAACUGCAUCUACAGAUACAGCGUCAUCGACAGACACAACAGCAGUAACAGAUACAACGAUACCUACAGACACAACUGCACCUACGGAUACCACUGCUCCUACGGAUACGACUGCUCCUACGGAUACAACUGCAUCUACAGAUACAGCGUCAUCGACAGAUACAACUGUUCCCACGGAUACAGCAUCAUCGACAGAUACAACUGCUCCUACAGAUACAACUGCUCCUACAGAUACAGCAUCAUCGACAGACACAACGGCAUCUACAGAUACAACGGCGUCUACAGAUACAACUACACCUACGGAUACAACUACACCUACGGAUACCACUGUACCUAUAUCUUCGAGCGUUGUUGAUACGUCAACAGAAGCUUCAUCAUCAUCAACAGAUGUCACUUCAACGGAUGCUGUACCAUCUUCAACAGGUCCAGUAUCAACAGAUGCGACUUCAACAGACAUAAUAUCAACAGACACAACGCCAGCAGAUACGACGUCAACAGAACUCACUUCAACACAAGUGACUUCAGCGGAUGCAACAUCAACAGAGGCCGUACCCUCCUCAACAGAUGUCACUUCAACGGAGGCUGUACCAUCUUCCACAGACACAAUAUCAGCCGAAGUAACUUCAACGGAUACAGCAUCAGCGACAGAUACAGGUUCAGCGACAGAUACAGCUUCAGCGACAGAUACAGCUUCAGCGACAGAUACAGCUUCAGCGACAGAUACAGCUUCAGCUUCGUUAACAGAUAUAGCAUCGUCAACAGAUACGGCAUCAGCAGAAGUCACUCCAACGGAUACAGCAUCAUCAACAGACACAGCGUCAUCAACUGAUACGGCUCCAUUAACAGAUACAUCAUCAGCGGAAGUCACUCCAACAGAUGCAGCAUCGUCAACGGAUAUGGCAUCGCCAACAGAUACAGCUUUAUCAACAGAUACGGUAUCGUCAACUGAUAUAGCAUCAACAACAGAUGUAGCAUCGUCAACUGAUGGAGCAUCAUCAACAGAUACGGCCUCAUCAGCAGAAAUCACUCCAACAGAUACAGCAUCAUCAACAGAUACGGCAUCGCCCGCAGACACAGCGUCGUCCACAGAUACAGCGCCAUCAACUGAUACGGCUUCAUCAACAGAUACAUCAUCAGCAGAAGUCACUCCAACAGACACAACAUCGACGGAAUUGAGUUCAACAGAUACAUUAUCAUCAACAGAGGUCACGCCAACAACGGAUGUAGCAUCAACAACGGAUGUAGCAUCAACAACGGAUGUAGCAUCAACAACAGAAGUGACAUCAACAGACACAACGUCAUCAACAGGAGUCACAUCAAUAGAUACAGCAUCAGCAGAGGUUACUUCAACGGAUACAACAUCAGCAGAAGUCACUUCAACCGAUAUAACAUCAUCAACAGACAUCACUUCAACAGAAAUAACAUCAACAGAAGCAACUUCUACAGAAAUCACGCCGUCGUCAACAGAAGUGGCUCCAACGGAUACAACAUCAUCGACGGAGGUUGCUUCAACAGAUACAACUUCAGCAGAAGUCACUUCAACAGACGUAGCAUCAUCAACAGACGUAGCAUCAUCGACAGACGUAGCAUCAUCGACAGACGUAGCAUCAUCAACAGACGUGGCUGCAACAGAUACGGCAACAUCAUCGACUUCAAUCACAUCGUCAGUCGAUACGGCUACUGGUCCAGAGGUCACUUCGCCAACUUCAACGGGAACAAGCGCGGAGACAAGUUCAACAGAAGUAACAUCAGCAUUGACCGAGACCACGCCAACAGAUACAACAACUUCAGACACUAUAUCAACGUCAUCGAGUAUCACAGCCACGUCAACAGAAACGGACGUUUCUUCAGUCGAUUCCCUGUCUUCAACAACUCCAUCAACAAGCCUGUCCAGUACUUUGGAACCUACAACCUCAUCUUCAUCCGAAUUGUCUACUUCUGAGACAUCUUCAGCAGAAAUCAGUGCGACCACAACAGAAUUGAGCACGCUCGUAACGAGUACAACCAGUGACACCUCUACGGCUGACAGCACAAGCUCUCUUGCGACCUCGGAUCCAGAACUCACCACGACUACUGGUACAGAGACCACCACAUCUUCAUCGGCAGAAGUAUCGUCCUCGGACAUCCAGACGACAAGUUCCACGAGUACCUCUGACGCAGACGUAUCGUCAACAACCAGCUCCUCAUCAACAGAAGUGGAAUCCCCAACAAGCUCUGUAACCACUUCAGAUGCCCCUACCACCACGACUGAUCUUACGACGUCAUCAACAAGCACCACUGCAGAACCAACAGCGACCGAAGAACCCGACACGUACCCACGCAACUUUUGCAUCAAGAUUGCCGGCCCAGACCACCUGGACUGGAUCAGCAGCGGCUUCGGCCCCGGCGACGUGCUCAACUUCCGCAGCCCGCAAAACGCCCAGUUGCCCACGCUCUACUUUGAGCGCAACGGCAACGCCAACGGCAGCCCCGUGUACAGCCCGCUGGUGGGCACCACGGGCACGGCCGCCAGCGCCCAGGCGUCGGACGCCUGGAUCUACGCCUUCCUGUCCGUCCCGCGCACCGACGCCGCCGGGAGCCAGCCCAACCCGGCCAAUAUCAUCUUUGCGGGCCCGGACCAGCUGGACAACUACAGCGACAUGUACCAGCAGGUCGAGUGCCGCGUGGCGGGCGCGGCGCCCGGCUCGGCGUUUACCUGUCGGGUGCAGUUUGAUAACAACGAGUUUCCAGACUACAAUCAGUUCUCACUCGCGCCCGCUGAGGCUAGCAGGAGGAGGAUGAGGAGGAGAGAGCUACAGUCCAACAAGAGGCAGUCUGAAGAUCCCAAUACUGCCCAAGCAAUGCAAUUGGCCUAUGACCAGGCAUCUGAGUACUCUCUGUACAUCGAUUACGAUCCCAAUUGUGGGACAUAUCCCGACGAAGCUAACUAG